GUUGUCCCUGCGCGCCUAUGGACAUAAGCCAAAGUAGGAGAUUUCGAAACGCGUAAGAGUAGGACGAAUCAAAGAACUGUAAUUUGGGUUUCUUACAUGGAGCUUCAAGAUUCGGUUCAAAACCAGAGCCAUUGUCUUUCAGAUAUCAAAAAUAACCCUAGUUGCUCUUCUUUCUCAUAUAAAGACAGUUUGGUUUUUGGGAAGUUUCCAUAAACGGCUUGUGGAUAUGUGAAAUCCAAGUGGCCGAGUACAUUUUUGACUUUCACUGUUUUGACCCCUUUCAAUACUAAUAUUUAUUGAUUUUGGUAACGGUGUUUAAUUAGAUAAUAAAUAUAAAACUGGGCAUGGAAGAUGGAAACUAGAAUAGCAAGUCUUUUUUAAGUUCAUAACCAUGCUACUUGAAUCCUUAUUAAUUUGAAAGAUAUAGGAGAUAAUGUACAUCUCUAAUAUGAGAGAGGGGUUCCAUAUUCAGCAAAUUUUCAAAGCUCUUCUAUAAAGAAGAAAUAUUAGAUACUCUUUAGACCAAAAAAAAUAAUUAAAUACUCAUAGUCUCAUACAAUAGUUUCGUAUGAGACUUGCAUUAUUUCACUUUUAUUUGUUUGAAAGAGCUGAUACACAGGUUGAUGAUAAAAAGAAUUGAAAACACAUUUUUUUGUCAAAGUCAAAUUGAAAACACAUAUUCAAAUUACCGAAAUUUAUAUUUUUUUGGCAACAUUCUUUUUUUUAGUAUUUUGAUGAUACUGAAAAAACAUUUCAUGACCAAGUUUCUUGAAUCCUGAUUAAUUUGAAAGAUAUAAGAGUGUGAGACAGAGUGAUGUAGCAGAAGCUACAAAUAUUCUUAAUUAGUUCAAAGAAAUACCUACGAAUCUAUGUUUUCUGAAUUCGUUGAGAUUCACAAAUCUAUAGUAAAAAAAAUUGAACAUAUUUUUUUCAGUGGUUUAUAAAAAUUUCAUGUAAGAAAAUUCUUUUACUAAUAAAUAUCAUAAAUCGUUUACAACUUUAGACAUUAAAAUAUCUAAAAAAUUUAAAAUCUUUAAAAUAAUUUCAACUAAUUAAGAUAGAUACUUAAAUAAAUAAUAAACUUGAUAAUAUCUCUCCGUAUCAUAGGGGUUUCCAAAGAACACUAAAUAAAAAUAUUAGAUAUCCUUACAAUAGUUUCUUAUUUGACUUGCAUUAUUUCACUUUUAUUUGUUUGAAAUAACUAAUAUAGUUUAGUGAUAGAUAAAAAAAUGAAUUGAAAACACAUUCUGUUUUUUUUUGUCAUAGUCAAAGGCAAAUUGAAAAUAUAUAUUCAAAUUACAGAAUUCUACUGUUUUCUUUUGGUAAUUUAUUUUCUUUUUAGUAUUUUGACGACACAUUUUCAUAUUCUGUAAAACAUUUUUUACAGUAUUUUGAUAAUACAUUUUCAAAAUUUAUAAACAUUUGCAUGUACAGUUGUCUCGACAGACCGAAGCUGUAAUCAAUCAAACACUCCAUCCGUGUCUAUUUUUCUUUCUACAGUACUUGGUUUAAUUCUUUUAGGAGUGCGGCAUGUGAAUAACUUUUUGGGUUCAACUUUGCCUUGGGUAAGCUAACCUGUAGUAAACACAAAUUUCCGUUUGGGCUUUCGUAUGGGCAAUUUCCCAUAUAUAAGGAAAUAUAAUUAAAAAAUUAUUUUGAUAAUACAAGUUAACUUACAUCUCGUUAAAUAUAUAUUUUGAUAGUAUUAUUCUUUUUCUUCUCAACAUUGUCAAAGACCCAAUCAAAUACUGAUACCCUCAUCUUGAAUUCUUGAUCUUACAAAACAGAAGUAAUAAAUUAGAAGAAAACUCAUUAUCACUACUUGUACGCAGGGAUGUGAAAGCGGGUUGGCCCACCCGUUUUGACUUGGACAUUAAUACAUAUAGUGAAAUAAAGGAAACUUAGUUUCAGAAGUUUCCAUAUUCGGCAAUUUCGUAUCUCUAAGCAAAUGAAAAGUUUCCAAAGCCCCUAUAUAAAAAGAGAAGAGGAAGGGGAGGAGGUAAGGCAUAAGCAAUUAGGGUUCUUUGGAAAAGUGAAAGAAGAAAAAUGUCUCUGUUUCUCAGCCGAAUCUCGAAGCUCUCUGCUUACAAGGUGAAGAAUGCUCGCUUCUUCUCAUCGCUUCCUGAGUCGUCUCCGUAUCUGCUGCUGAGCAGUGAGAAGUUGGGAGAGACUUGUGAGGGUAACGAAACCGUACGUCAAAAGUUGUUCGAUCCGAGGAAGGAGGAAACAGUGAGUGGUAGUGAGAAAACCCUUCCCAAGGAGCUCGAAGGGGACAUUCUCGUGGGAGCAUCUAAAGGAUGGGUUCUUUCUAUGGACAAGAAGGAUUCUUCCCUACAUCUCACGGAUCUGUGCAAGCCAUGGGUCUCUUCUUCGCCAAGAGUCAUGUCCUUGCCAAGUCUAGGGUUCGAUCCUUGUGUCACCGUGAAACAAGUGUCUCUCUCCUCUUCUUCCCCUGACGAGUGCACUGUAGCUGCAAACUUCAGUGAGUCUCAGCUAAGUGUGUGCAGGACUAAUUGCGACUCUAGUUGGACUCAUUUCAAAACCCCUUUCCCACUCUUGCAAGCCUCUGAUCUCAUGUACUCCAAAAGAGACAAUGCCUUCUACUUUGCGAGUAACAAGGGUCUCUACAUGGGUUCGCUGCAUCUCAGCAGCAACAAGCUCAAGUAUCAAGAACUGCGCUUCAGUAGCCUGCCUAAGUUCCCAGAGGCUGAGUGGGAGAUGUUGGAUACAUGUUUCAUGAGCAAACACUUUGUGGAGUCACCCUCUGGUGAACUUUUCUUUGUCAAGUGGUACCGCCAGUUUUUGCACAAGGAGAAUAAUAAUAAUGGGAGGAGGGAAGUGGAAGAUAUUCAUAGCAAAACCAGGUGGUUCAUGGUUUUUAGACAAGAUGACAAUACCAAAGCCCUUUCUUACACUCAAGACAUUGGGGAUCUCUGCAUCUUCCUUGGCAAGAGUGAAGCUUUCUGUCUCUCCGCCAGCUUGUACCCGGGGCUCAAACCUAACUCCAUCUACUACAUUGGCUCUGGACUUGGUUCAUACCAUCUCCCUUCUGGUACUGUCCGUCCCUACAAUCCCCUUGGUUCACCUAAAACACUCCACGCGCCUUUCUGGCUUGAUCCUAUCUCUAGCUAGAGCCACUUGGGGUUUGGGCCUAUUUCAGUAAAUAAUAAUAAUAAGUGGUGAUCAGUCUUGCCACUGCUUUGUUAGGAUUUGUGUGUUCUACUACUUAGAUUUGCCUCUGGUUUUCGUUUUCCAUCAUUAGUGGGUCACCACCACUCCACUCGCUUUGAUGUGUUAAUCUUUGAAUUUUAAUAUAUACUAGAUUUUGAUCCGCACGAAUAACUUUUUUAAAAAAAUAAUUAAGAUCGAUCAUGAUAUUUUAACUAUGUUUACAUGUUAGUAUAUUGCUUUUAGAUAUUUAGACAAACAAAAUGAUAUGCAUUGUUUCAUUAGUUGGAUCGGUUUGUUAGAAUGGUUCAGCCGUGACUCUUUUGCUUCGUCAGGUACAUGUUGUUCCUAAAACACCUUUGUGUUGACCAAAUAAAAUUGGCAAAAAAAAUAAAAUUGUUAGAACUGAAGAACCGAUUUUUAUGAAAAACUCGGUUAAAAAUUCAAUUAUAUUUCAAUGAUUUUUCUCUUAAAAGGUAGUACAUCAGAUAUAGUUUUUUCUCUUUCAAUUUGAAUUGAUUUAGUUAGAUAUGCUAUUAGAAUAGAUAUAAUGAUAGAUAAGUUUCUCUUUCAGUGUACAUUGAUUUAGUUAGAUAAGUUAUUAGAGUGGAUAUAAUGAUAGGUAAUACGAAGAAAAAAAGUUUUGUAUACAUAAUUCUAAAAAUGUUAAAAUAUUUUUUUUGCAUGAAGAUGUAAAAU